UGUGAGGUGAGGGACUCAGGAGCAGGUGCUGAGGCUCUGCAGAGAUGAACUGUGUUCUGGCAGAAGGCACCAUCAUGGACUAGUGAGGCAGCCCAGGCCAAGGGAAGGUCUUCUCUGGACAGAGGGGCUCAGGUGUGUGGCACUGAGAACACUGAGCUCCUGCAGGGAAGAGACGAGUCCACCAUGCCUGCAGGACACCCAGAAUGCUGACCAGUCACCAGGAGGCCAGGGAGGGAGUGGAGGCAGAAGACCCAAGCCCAGGAGCCAGGGCCAGCUCGGAGGACACCACAGCCAGGGUCUCCAGUGAGGACUGCAGGGCCGAGCAGAUGCUGGAAUUACAGCACCAGGUCUCUGACCUUCGGGGUGAGCUCAGCAGACAAGCGACUCAGUGGUCUGUCGCUCAUAGCAAACUCCAGGACCAGAUAGAUGCUUUGACAAAGCAGAACCUGGCACUACGGGAGGAGCUGAGGGCUUGGGGAUCACAGGGUCCUGCAGCCUUAGAGAAUCCUGCAACAUCGCUUCCCACCACCUGUGGAGCACAAGCGCUGGUGUUAGUAUCUACCUUUGGAGAACCUUCAUCUGCAUCAGCUGUUAAGGAAAUAAUGCCAAAAUACACAGGCUGCCAGAGUCGUAGUGCUGUUCUCCUUCAACACAGAGUUCCACCUGCAAAUGCAGCUUCCUCCAAGGGUGUGCACAAGCCUUCCCGAGUUCUGCGAGAAGGUAGUGGCAGGAAAUCACCAGCACCAUGCUCUAACGUCCUGCUGCAGGAGAAGAAGGCACCAGCCCACAAGAAGGACAUGUGUUCUUUGGUCCCAGAGAGUUUUAAGGCCAGGAUUCCCUGCCAAGGUCCAGCCAGGAAGCUCCCUUGCUUCUCUGCAGACACUGGAUGGCAGCAGAAUCUUCCCACAAAGCCAGGACCUUCCCAAGAAGCAGGGUGCCUUCUGGACACCACCACAGAGAAGCGGGGAACACAAGAGAAAGAACAUGUAGACGGCAAGGUGGAGCAUAUACUCAGCGAUGGUCGCAUGAUCGUCACCUUCCCCAAUGGCACCAGGAAGGAGACCAGCGCUGACAAGAAGACGACCGUCAUCAAGUUCUAUAAUGGCGACGUGAAGAAGAUCAAGCCUGAUCAGCGAGUGCCCACUGGAGCCACGUGUGGCAUGGCGCUCACUGCUUUCUCCACCUAUGGACUUGGGAUUUAUUACUUCUCGGCUGCUCAGACAACAUACACGACCUACCCUGAUGGUGUGGAAACCGUACAGUUUCCUAGUAAGCGGACUGAAAAAUUCUAUCCUGAUGGCUCCAAGGAAACUGUGUUUCCAGAUGGGACAGUGACCAGGCUCAAGCCUGAGUGUGAGGAGACCAUGUUUCCUGAUGGAACAAUCGUACGUGUGAAAAGGAAUGGUGACAAAACCGUCGUGCUCAGCAAUGGGCAGAAAGAAAUCCACACGGACCAGUUCAAGAGGAGGGAAUUUCCUGAUGGUACCAGCAAGACUGUGUAUUGCAGUGGCUGCCAGGAGACCACGUACAGUUCAGGGAGGAUCAAGGUCAAAGACCAGACUGGAAAGGUCAUCCUGGAUCUGAAGCAGAAAUAAAACACCCCUUGUACUCACCACAGUUCACAAAUCUUCAGUGACAGUUUUUGCAAAGACGGAGACGAAAACCAAUAGAUUAGCUGCCCCAUGUGGUCUUGGAAAACCCCAAACUUUAGGAGUCCUUGGUCACCUAGAAAUUGUAAGGAAAAGAGCUGUAGUCUCUGCUUAGGGAAAGUGAUCUUAGUACUAGGCAGAUAAGAGGCUCACAAAAGCAUGUCUUCUAAGACAUGUGUGUCUUUUUAUUGUGUUAAGGACACUGUGUCCUUUUUGCUAAUUCUACCACUUGUGGGCCCUGACACAGGAUAAAGCCAAUCUACCAGCUUCUAGGAAGCAUUUGCGAACCAGGCUGAGUCUCUGUGGGUCUGGUUUUCCAGCUUCAGCCUUCCUCCUAUCUCAGCAUCAUUCAAGCUCAACCUAACCUAUUCCCCUCCAUGGUCCUCCCUCCAUCCACACCCAUGUGCUUUCUUGGCCCAGUAGUCAUGACCCAUGACUCGGGGUGGCUAACCUAGGGUUAGAAGAAUGCAGGCAUCGUGGCCUGUUGCUGUCUGGAAAGUGGAAUCACCUCCUGAAACUCUUGACUCUUUAAUUCCACUUCAACACAAUGACCAAUUACUUCUUUUGUGUUGCAGGGUGUACAGAAAAUACAAAAGUAUGUUGCCUCUCAACAAAGUUUUAUACUGAAGUGUAGAAUCCCAAAAAGAUAAGAAAGGAUAAAGAAAUGAAUAAUAUAUUUAAAACCCUAUAAAAUGCAUGUUUGAUUUUUUCAUAUUUUUAUGUGGACAUGAAAUACUAUAUUUUAAUGCCAGCUAUUACUUUUCCUCUAAUAUGUAUUGUGCAUACAUUAUUGUAGUCUUCAGUAUUUUGGUAUUACUAUUUAAAUAACUCAAGACUAAUGUGCUGUCUUGCCUUUGAGGGGAAAAGAAGAAUUUUACUGUAAUUACCCUGGAUGAAAGCCGGUUCUUUCAGGAUGAAUGUCAAACUGAGGCAAGGAUAGAAGUGGCCAUGACUGAAAACCCAUUUAAGCUCAGCUAAGAAAAAAUGGACUUGCUUAUUGCUUUGAAUCUUAAAAUCAUCUUAUAUAAAAAUUAUCAUUAAAGCAAAAUAUGUUCUACUGAA